AUGUGUGUUAUUAAAAAAUUAAAUUUGACGAAAAUAAAAAUUAUACAAUCUAUAAUUAUUUUACUGAAAAUUUGUACGUAGACGUCACAGCAAAAUAAGUAAAAACAAACAAGAAAAUCCCCAUAAAUUAUUGUGCAGACACAUGAAAAUAUUUAAUAUGAUGGAAGUGUUUUUGUUAGCUAAUCAUAUGAUCAUGGACUAUCAGCGCCCCCAACUACUCAUAAUCUCCAUAUCCCUGCUCUAUUGGUUUCGCAACACAGCCGACUGUUGGAAAUUUGAUGGCGGUGGUCCCGGAGCACUCGGUCCCGGUCCCCUCAUCCACUCUCUAACACGCGUGCCUCGCAGCACCAGCACAUUGCUGGCGGCUAGAGGUCCACCGCCCGUAAUACCCAACAGUAGUGGGGGUAGUGGAGGUUUUGCGGCACUGCUCAACUCACAACAACAGGACAUGUUGUACGCUUGUCCGCUGAACAGUAUGUGUCAGUGUGCGGGUUUGCCCAACGAGACGACAACGCUAAUUGAGAUUAAUUGCAAUGAAGUGGCAUUAUAUAAAUUUCCAGAAUUCAUACACAGCUCAGUGCGCUACAUUGAAAUGUCCAACACCCAUUUACAGAGUGUGGACGAUGAAACGUUUCAGGGACUUAGGCUGAAAACCUUAAAAUUAAUUGACAACGAAUUACAGGAUAUAUCCGAAAGAAGUUUUAGCACGAUGACCCACAGUUUAAUGACGCUGGAUAUAUCGGGAAACAAAAUGCAGCAAAUACCCUAUGAAGCAUUACAAAAACUACACUCUCUCACCAGGCUGGUGGCACAAAGAAAUCACAUAACUUCCUUGGAUGUCAAUUGGGAGGCACAGUAUGAUACCUUGCGUUCUUUACAUCUGGCUGGCAACGAUAUCACAGAAGUAUCACCCUCCUCGCUGCACGAAGCUUCUACAGGCCUUAACCAUCCUUCCUCAGCAGCCAUACAAACCAUUACAAGAGAUGAGAAUUUAAAAGGUUCCCAUUUGAACUCCAACACCAUACCGGGUAUGAGCCACAUGGGUAAUUUACAUCAAAUAGGCAAACCAUUUAAUCGUCUGCAAAAACUAUUAUGGCUGGAUUUAUCCAACAAUAGGAUAUAUCAUAUAACACCAAAUUUCCUACCCAGAAGUCUGAUAACUAUAGAUUUGUCGGGAAAUCUAUUGGCCACAUUUCCCCAUCAACUGUUCGAGCAUUUAUAUGAUUUGCGUAUAAUCUCUCUGAGAGAUAAUCUCUUGCGUAGUGUACAGAAUAAGGAGCUUAGGCAGGUGCGCAUGCAUUUGGAGAAACUAGAUAUGGGUCAGAAUUUAAUAGAUUUAUUGGAGACGGAUUGUUUUCAAACCAACUACUCGGAUGUGCAUAUAAGAGCCUUGAAUUUGGAAAAGAAUUACAUCAAGGAGCUGCCACGAGCAGUAUUUAAGGAAAUUGGUAUCGUCCAUUUGGUAUUGGCUUUCAAUAUUAUAGAGCGUAUCCAUUUGCAGGCCUUUGAGGGUAUUGAGGAUACCUUGGAGUAUUUGGAUUUGGAGAGAAACUAUUUGAAUACAGUGCCGGGAUCGAUAAGAAAAUUGCAGAAACUCAAGUAUUUAUAUUUGACUUCCAACAAUAUUUGUGUAUUGCAGAACUUGCCCGAAAACACGGAACAUUUGAGGGUCUUGUCUUUGUCGGGCAAUAAUUUUACCAUGAUUCCAGUGGUGGGUCUAAAGAACUAUACUAAUUUGUCUUAUUUAAAUAUGGGCUACAAUUCCAUAACCGAUAUACCAGAAGGAAUAUUCCUGGUCGAUGGCUGGGGCUCUAAUUUGCAGACAAUAUUGUUAAGAAAUAAUAAGAUAACCCAUUUGCAUUUGGGUUCUUUUGCUGGUUUGGAUCAAAUACAAGAAAUAUCUUUAAGUUUCAAUGAUAUCAAUAUACAUCAUCCUAUGGUGUUUGAGAAUGUCUCCAGGUCUCUGAAAAUAUUGGAAUUAUCAUUUGCUGUUUUUCCGGCCAGGAGCAUGGAGUCCAUAGAUCCUUUAGAUGCUUUAUAUCCUUUAUCACAGCUAAUGUGGCUGGGUUUGGAUAAUAAUAAUUUGAAGUCUUUAAACAAUGAAUCGUUUUCUAAUAUGCGGGAACUCUCCUACAUAAAUUUGGGUUUUAAUCAACUGAAAUUUCUACCCAAAGGCCUGUUUAUACCCGACAUACAUUCCCAUUUAGUGGAAAUAGAUUUGGGCUACAAUUCCUUGGAACGCAUAGCGGCCAGAACAUUUUAUAAUUUGGGUGAUUUGCAGACCUUGAACUUACAGUCCAAUAAAAUAAAAAUCAUUGAGAAAAAUGCUUUCUACAAUUUGGAGUUUUUAAGAUACAUCGAUCUGUCCUUUAAUAAGAUCUCUAAUAUAUCACAACAAGCUUUUACGAUUCUACCCAAUUUGGCUUCUCUGGAUUUAAUGUUUAAUAAUUUGUGUUCCUUCUCCUUGAAAUCAUUUCAUUUUGUGUCCAAUACCACCACUCCCUUGAAGCUAAAUUUAACCUACAAUCGCAUAGCCUACUUUGAGGAUCUAUUGACUUCCUAUAUGUAUAUCUAUCACUUGGAUAUGAGCAACAAUUUAUUGUCACGCACCGAUAGCUUUACCAAUUUGGCCAAUACCUUAAGGUUCCUAAACUUGGCCAAUAAUGACAUACAGUCCUUGGCCAAUCAUGCUUUUGGAGAUUUGGAGUUUCUGGAAAUACUCAACCUAUCAAAUAAUAAUGUAACCACUUUAAGGAGAAGAAGUUUCCAGGGUUUGAAUUCUUUGCAAGAAUUGGAUUUAAGUUUCAACAAAUUGGAUCAGCUGCAGGUGGAGCAAUUUUCCAAUUUAAGAAAGCUACGAAUACUGAAGAUUAACUCCAAUAAACUAAAAGCCUUACCCAGAGAAGUUUUCAUGAAUACCCGCCUGGAAUAUUUGGAUAUCUCGGACAACCAGUUAACUGUAUGGCCUGUGCCAGCUUUCUCUGAUGUCGGCUUUACUUUGCGCAGCAUACAAAUGUCCACCAAUAUGCUGGAGUACUUGGACUCUAGUAUGUUUAUCAAUUCCCAGUUUUUGUACGACAUUAAUUUGAGUAACAAUAAAAUCACCGUCUUGCCCGACAACACCUUCAGUUUCCUCAACAAUCUUACCAAUCUAGAUCUGUCUGCCAAUCCUUUGGUCACCACCAAUCUCAAGGAAAUCUUUCUUCAUACACCUCGCCUGCGCCGCCUAAAAAUCUACAAUAUGGGUCUUUAUAUUUUACCCCAACUAAAUUUACCUCUACUCUCGUAUCUGGAUGUCAGUGGCAAUUAUUUGCAGGAACUCUCCUCUUUACAUGAAAUGCGCCAACUAAGAUUUGUUAAUAUCUCACACAAUAAAAUCGUUAAUGCUUCCUGUGCCGUGGAACAUCUGCCCAAUUCGGUAAGGGUAUUGGAUUUGGCCCAUAACCCCUUGAGAAGAAUCUCCAUACAUGACAUGGCCACCUUAAGGCAUUUAUCGGAUCUUAAUCUUUUAGAUGUAAAAAUCAUUAAUCCCCUAGCCUUUAGCAAGCUGAAAUCCUUAAGGAAACUACAACUAACAGCCCAUUCCAAUUUGGCUGAUAUAGUAUCACGCAUACCAGGCCUGCAAGAGCUAAGAUUACACUGCCUAGACUCGAACAUAGGUCCCCAACUAUUCCAGAAACUUGCCAAUAACACUAAACUGCAACUGGUAGAACUGUAUGGUUUGAAUGUCCAGACCAUAUCACCCGAUGCUUUUGAGGGUCUAGCGCGCAACCAGAAACUGCAAGUGAAAAUAUCACAUACAAAAAUCUCCGAUCUGCCUCCGGGUAUUUUUUACACUCUACGAUCAGUGCCUCAUUUAUCCAUAGAUAUUUCGCAUAAUAAAAUUAAUGCCUUGGCGGCGGAUAGUUUUUAUCCCAACAAAACGUAUUGGGAUACGGUGGGUACACGCAGCAUUAUGGGCGGUUUGGAUACCUCCCAAAAUCCGUUGGAGUGUGAGUGCGGUUUGGUGUGGUUCGGUCAUUGGCUGAGACGCUGGCUGCGGGAGUCGGCUCAAAUUAAGGUCAUACAAAAGGAUGACAUGAAGAAAAUGGUGCAGCUUCCCCUAAGUUCAACUGAUUUACGCAGAGCUCGAGCUAAUACCUGCCAUGAUCCCACCUCUGGCAAACAAUUGCCCAUAUUGGAAAUCUUUCCCGAAGAUUUGCUGUGUCAGGCCAGUGCUUUAAGUAGUUCCAGUGAGAAACUAUUUCUCAUAUCAUUUGUGGUGAUUAUAGUGCCAUUAUUUGGUAUGACACUUUGA